GUCAGGGAUGACGACAUCUGUACGACCCCUGCCUGUGAAGCCGCCGGAAAGAUAUUAAAGGCUAAUCUCAACGAAACGGUCGACCCGUGCGACGAUUUCUAUGAGUUCGCGUGCGGGGGUUGGGAGGCGUCCCAUAAGAUUCCGGCCGACAGGUCAGCGCUUUAUAGUACUGGUAUUCUUCAGGAUCAGCUCAUGAAUGAAGUCAAGGAGUCGUUGAGUAAAGCCGUCGCUCAAAACGAUUCAAAUGCUGUGAUCUAUGCUUCCGGUCUCUACAAGGGAUGCAUUGAUGAAGUGACACUCAAUGCUCGUGGAGUUACACCACUAGUGGAAUCACUUAAUUCAGUGGGCGGUUGGCCUAUAACUGGACAGUCGGCUGCUUAUGAUGAGGCAGUAUUUGACUGGAAGGACGCCUUUGCUAAACAAGUGUCUCACUUUGGUUUGUCUCCCAUUUUCUCGUAUGAGGCAGUAUUUGACUGGAAGGACGCCUUUGCUAAACAAGUGUCUCACUUUGGUUUGUCUCCCAUUUUCUCGGUCUCAGUAAAACCCGAUGCUAACGAUACGGUUACUCAUAGAGUAUAUUACGAUGCCCCAAACUUUGCUUUGGGUCGCAACGAAUUGGUGAAUAUGAGUGCUUAUCCCGAUAUAGUGAAGGCUUAUAAGCAAUAUAUACUACAAUCGGCACUACUAUUGGGCGCUAAGGAUGACAGUCAGACCGCGAAAGAUAUUGAAGAUUUGGUGGCAUUUGAAUCAAAACUGGCAAACUUUUCGUUACCACAAGAAAAGAAAAGAGAUUCCAGUGUUUGGUAUAAUAGGAUGACAUUUGAAGCAUUUAAUCAGUUGUCGGGCAAUAAAAUAGACUGGCUCAAUAUAACCAACAGAAUAUACAAAGAGUUGAAUUCAGAGAUUCGUGUCAAAAGUGAUGAGUUGGUUAUAGUCCAAGACAUUGGCUAUUAUAAGAGUGUAACAGACCUUCUGGAGAAAACUCCGACUCGAGUGGUGGCCAACUAUUUGGGAUGGUCGGCGGUCAUGAAUCUGGGAUCUCUUACCACUAAGAAGUUCAGGGAUGUUGUGUUCAACUUUAAUAAAGUGGUGUCGGGUGUAGAAAAGGAGGCCGAGUUGUCGGACGAUUGUAUCAGUAAUUUAUUAUCAAGCAUUCAAUACGCUGUGAGUCGUCUAUACGUUGAUAAAAAUUUCACGCCAAAGGAUAAGCAAGAGGCCUCGAAUAUAAUAAGCGAUAUAAAGGAUUCAUACAAUGAAUUGAUUAAAGAAAGCGAUUGGUUGGACGAAAGCACCAAAAAUAAAUCGUUG